AAACUCGAGGAAAUACGCGCGAACACAACUUGUCAAAGAGAGUCGAAAAUUGUGUUUUACGAAGUAUCGGAAUGUGGGUCAGAAAAUUAACAGAAUUUAGUGACACUUUUCCAUAAUACAGACGAAAAACAGUUGCUGCUUCUGGCGCAAAAGAAUCACUACAGCUUCGUAGCUCAAAUGUGUGAAUUGGUGUGAUGGUAGCACUUUUUUCUCUGCUGCACCUGGCUGACGUUGCUUCUCGCAUUUCAUCCCAGUGCCUCGGACGGACUUUUCCAUUGCGACCUACUCGAUAUGGUUUGAUUGUAGCGUAUGUAGCACGAAUGCAUACCGUGGAAUGAUGAUAAUGGCAGCGGAAACAAGUACCAAACCAUGCCUGAACGACAUUGAGGUACACAAGACGGAAUCUGUUGCAUCUGCCUCGUCAUCAGCUUCGUCAGCUUCUUCCCUGUCGACCGCGUCCGGGAAAGCGCUACUGGCCCUGUCCCAGACAGAGCUCGACCGCUUGAUAGCGGAUAAUAUGACCUCUGUGUUGAAGGCGCUCAAGAAACGUAAACACGCCAAGAAGCACGCACGUUUGAGGCAGGCAGCUGCUGCAGCGGAGGAAGCAACACACGAGGACUGUGAGAGGAAGGAAGAACAAGACUCGAAUCGGCCAAGUACACAGUCGGAAGAAAAUAUGGAUCGUAAAGAGAAAAAAGAUUCUCACAACCGCAAGGGAGGAAAAGGCCGUCCAAAGAAUGGUGAAAACAAAAUUGUACAUGGCACAUCCGAAUCGAAAGCGAAAACUCUACACGCAAGUCUGAAGGAAGUGCAACCAGACCGGAAACAAGAAGCUACGGACGGUACUUCUCCAGCCCCCACCAAUGGAAUCCCUACUGGGCAACCGGUUGAAAAGACGGGCAAAGAAAACAAAACGGUCAACGCUUUUCAGCUGAUGAUGAAAGCACGCUCCAAAUGUAUCGGUUCGAACUCUCCCGGCAAAGAGCGGGAUGUGCGCGAGCUGAGCCCCACCCAGGAGUUGGCACGCGAAAAGAAAGCCGUGCGCCAGCUUCAGCUGCAGCAGUGGGCUGCCCAGAAAGGGGCCGGCAAGCGAAAGAUUAAGGAAGAGGCUGAGGAAGAUUACAUAGAUCAUCAGAUGAAGAAGCGUGCCAAAAGACUGAAGAAACUGAUCGGUAACAUGAAUGGCGAGGCAAGCGACAAGCGACAAUCAGUGGAAAAGGAGCAAGAAGUGCUGGUACUAACGAAUUCUCCCGAGCGGCCAAAAACGGAGCAAAGAAAGCAGAUUCCUAAAUCCUCGCCUAACGAAAGUUCCGCCGAAAAAACACCGAAAACAGACGGAGAGCUUCCUGUGCGAAAAAAACGAGGCCGACCGCGGAAAAUUCCCGUGGAGCAAAUUAUCGAACAGGAAAAGGUAAAAGAUGCGUCGGACGAUGAGUUUCUCGUGCAGCUAUCCUCGCCGAGAAAGAAAAAGGAUAGCCUGUUGGGAUAUUUCGCCAAGCUGACACCGGAAGCCAACAAGCACGAUUCUCCGCCGACGGAAAAAGCGCCCAAAACUCGUUCAUCGCACAAUACCACCCCGGUCGUAACGGUGUUGAUCGAUGAUGAGGAUAGCAAAGACAUAAAAUCGACGACCAGCACACCUGCUUCUCAGGAAACCUCUGCAUCGCGUCCUCGGCGAUCGUGUGCUAAUCGCAUCAAAGAUUACUCUGCCUUCGAGAAGUACAGUCCGGCGAAAGAAGAGCAAAAACCUGCUGCUACGAGCAAGAAACCACCGAUCGUCACCCCGUUGAAGAUCAUUAACGUACAAUCGCCGAACGCAAUGAAGGUGGUAAGGAGUCCUUCGCUGCGGAUGUUCUCGUCGGGCGAAACGGGGGAGGCUGGAAAGACGAUCCCUCCCAACGAAUGGCCAUCAACGCCGAAAUCCGUUAAGCUGGCACCUGUGUUUUCUCGGACGAUGAUGGGUGGAAAAUCACAAGCUCCACAGGAAGAUCCGGAGAAGGUACGCGCUCGUCAGCUGUUCCUGAUGUCAGGAAUCCCGGAAAAGCUACGUCAGGAGCGAGAAAAGCGUGCGAUAUACGAAGACUUUGUGCUGAAUGAGUCGCCCGUAUUUCCUUUGGUGAGUCACGUGAUGCAGCUGGAUGGACAGAACCUUCCAGCCACGCUAGCGACGGUAAAUUUCGCGCACAGUUUCAUUAAGUUGCGCCCGGCCGAGGUAGAAUCUCCACCAGGCAAGAGCACCACGAAAGGCGUCAAAGGAGGGAAAAUUCGUUUAGGAAUGUUUACCGGAUGCAGUGAGGAUGACUAUGAUGAAGCAAUAGAGAAAUGCAUCCAACCGAUCGUUGUCGAUGAAAGGGAAGGGGUAGACAACGGUGGCAGUGCGGGCGGGCACGGCGAGCUGCCGGAGGUAGAAAAUGUGAAGGAGAUUGUGCGUGAUUACAAGCAGCGCUUUCCGCACUUUCCCGUGUUCCGCUGCUACAAACAGUUCCGUGCCAUCUUUCAAGACCAUCGGCAGCGGACACAGCACGAGGAAAAGCAACCGGAAGAGGCCACUCACCACCUAACGGAUAAGAGCUUCGAAAUCAUCGAACCAACGAUUGCCUGUCGGAAUGGUGAAGCAUUGUUCACGGAAAAAUACAAACCGCAAAAUACGGAACAGAUUCUGAUCAACUUUUCCCCUGCGAACAUGUUAACCCAGUUUUUGUCCCUCUGGCAGGACGAGACCGGAAGUCAGAAACGCCCGAACGAAGUGACCACUCAGAGCGGCCACUACUUCAUGUCAACCGAGAAGAAUGAUGAUAUGGAUUUUCUCCUCGCCAAUGACAGCAACUGCUCGUCGUCCAACGGACCAAGCUCGAAUGUGUGCAAUCAUGUGGUGCUGGUCGGACCACCCGGUUGCGGUAAAACAUCCAACGUGUACGCCGUGGCAAACGAGAUGAAUUUUAACGUGCUGGAAAUCAACGCAAGCAGCCGGCGGAAGGGCAAGAUUAUCCUGCAGGAACUGCUCGAAGCGACACAGAGCCACCAGGUGCGACAGAAGUCGGAACGAUCAAACUCAACCGACGGGCUGUUGGUAAACGGUCGCCAAAGGGGAACCGGUCGAGGGAAGAAUGGACUGAGCGGCGUGUUCCGCUGCCUAGAGCGAAGGCCAUCGUUUAGCGAAACGAACGGAAAUGGGACGAAAAAGCUGUCGCUCAUACUGAUCGAAGACGCGGACAUUGUGUUCGAGCAGGACGAUGGUUUUCUGGCAGCGAUCAAUCAGCUGAUAGCGACCUCCAAGCGCCCAAUCGUGCUGACGACGACGAACCCAUCCUGCACCCAUAUGGCCCGCUACAUGUCGAGAAAUAAUGUGAUCCGGUACGUUGCGCCGGGUAUAGGGAACGUUUCAAAGUUCCUCUCGCUGCUGGCGCUCGUCGAAAGAAUACCGAUUGAUCAACACGAUCUCGGCCGGUUGUACGCGUACAACGGGAAGGAUAUGAGAAAAACGCUGAACGAGCUACAAUUUUUCAUCCAGAGCGGUGGCGAUAUGGAACGUUUCCCAGCCACGCACGAACGGACCGAUCUGCGAGCUGCCGAUAGUGAGGAAUUAAACACGGCACUGAACGAAACGCGCGAAGAGGAGGAUGAUGGUGAACAGGAACAGAUCGAUCGACAUUCACCAGCGGCGAAAAAUGGCCGCAAAAAGGCUACUAAAGGUGGUGGGCUAGCAAAGCAUCAUCACAGCACACUGUACGAGCUGUUUACGCGCAAUCAAAACGAAUCGAUCCUGCUGCGCAUCCCGCUGGAUUUCAACGUUCUGUGGUGUAAUAUGGAGCUGGUGUUAAGGACGGCAGUAACGGUGCCCGCUGCUACGCCCAACGUGCAGAAAGAUGAUAAAGGGAAGCGCUACAGUUCGGCUGGCAAGCGGGGCAGCAAGCGUGGCAGCAUUGUACGGAAUGAAGUGGUAAAAGCUCCGGAUGUUGCAGCAUGCGAAGAGCUGGCCUGGUUGUAUGAGAAUAUAAGCCACGCGGAAGCUGGGUGGGGUGUGACGCAGCGCAAUCGGAUACGGUACGGGAAGGACGUACAGGACGAGCAGCAGCAGCAGCAGCUAGCGAACGAGCUGGGUCACGCACUGGUGGAAGGAUCGUGGAUUGAGUGGUUUAGCAGGGGUAGAGAUGCGGGCAGUGGGCCGAAAAGCGUGCGGAAGACGACGGGCGGUGGGAAAGGAAACGGUGCCAAAGCGUACGAUGCGUUGCGGAAGCUGGAACAGGAACCAAGGCAAACCAUAUCAUCAUACAUUGGCGUGAACGGGAUCCGCUCGCGUGUGACCGCUUGCGAUUACGAACCACUCCUACGCCAAAUCUGCCGUCACGAGCGGGAUCGAUCGUUAACGGAAAGACGGGGCAGCCGGUUCUAUCACUAUCUGCGUAACUUUACCGCUGCAAAUGGUGUCACGCCGCAGCUCAUCUCCUCGGCCACCACCCCUCAGAUGAUGAGCAUGGCGACGACGGCGGCCGGACUGACGGGAGUUAAAUCGGUUGGCGGAUUUAGUAUGGAUCAUUUCGAUGCGCUCAGCCACUGUUUCGAGGAGCAACGGCAACCGGUAGCGGAUUAGUAGGAUGAAAAACGCACACAUGAUAGGUUUCCACACGCGCAAAAUAGAUGUAUAUUGCACCAAACACUGUCCAAUGGAACAAUGUGUGUGUCUGCGGGGGGGGGAGAUCCCUUUUCUUUUCGCUACAUACGUACGACUCCUUUCCUCUCUAGCUUCUGCUCUUGUUACUUUCCUGGCUGUUAGUGUUGCGUUUAAAAGGACAGUUAUGUGAGCUGCUCGUAUGCUCGAAAUUAGAUAGUCAAAGAGAGAGAAAGUGGCAAAAAAGUUAUAAAACAACUGGCUGCAACUGCUAAGUUAUUCGACACACACACACACGCGCGCGCUGCUCCACCACAAAAACGUACGUUGGAAAGGGAUUUUAUUUUUACGCGAAAGUUAAAUGCGAAAGUGUGUGUGUGUGUGUGGGUAUUUGUGUGUGAGUGUGUAAAGCAAAUUUAAUGUAGAAAAUAAAAUCAAACUUAGCUAAAUGUUUAACAAACGGAGCGGAACCAAUGAUGAAGCAUAUGAUCCUCAUAGAAAUCCUCCUUCUAGUUAAAGGACAUGAAACAGCGCGUUUAGAAUGUAUGAGCCUAUGACGCAUUUAA